UUCUGAUUCACAGAGGACGGGUUCUGAUGGCUUUAUGGUCCUUUCUGUUUGAAACGAGCAGAUGAAGCUGAUGUGACUGAAGCCCCACAGAGCAUCAAAGUCUGGCUUAUGUUCAGGCGCUCCUUGAGCUGCAGGUGGAUCAGAGACAGCAUCAGUGAGGAUGGGAGGUGGAGGCCAGCAGACGGAGCAGGGGGAGCCGGGCAGUGGGAAGGCUGCAGGUGUCUACACCUGGGAGGAGGUCCAGAAACACAGCAGCAGGACCGACCGGUGGCUCGUCAUCAACAGGAAGGUCUACAACAUCACUCAGUGGGCCAGGAGACACCCGGGGGGGUCUCAUAUUAUCAGCCACUAUGGAGGAGAGGAUGCAACGGAGGCGUUCACUGCUUUUCAUCCUGAUCCAAAGUUGGUGCAGAAGUUUCUGAAGCCUCUGCUGGUUGGAGAGUUGGCACCAACAGAACCGAGUCACGACGGGAAGAAAAACGUGAGAAUCAUCCAGGAUUUUGAAGAUUUACGAGAACAAGUGGAGAAAGAGGGUCUUUUCCGUGCUCGGCCUCUGUUCUUCUGCCUCCACCUGGGUCACAUCCUGCUGCUGGAGGCCCUCGCCUGGCUCAUGGUUUCAUACUGGGGGACGAGCUGGAUGCUGACAUUACUGUGUGCAGUGAUGCUGGCAACAUCACAGUCUCAGGCCGGAUGGCUGCAGCACGACUUUGGUCACCUGUCUGUCUUCAAGAAGUCCAAGUGGAAUCACCUGGUGCACAAGUUUGUCAUCGGACAUUUGAAGGGAGCUUCAGCCAACUGGUGGAAUCAUCGACAUUUCCAGCAUCACGCCAAACCCAACACCUUCAGGAAAGACCCUGACAUCUACAUGUUGGACAUCUUUGUACUUGGAAACACUCAGCCUGUGGAGUACGGCAUAAAAAAGAUUAAAUACAUGCCCUACAAUUACCAACAUCAUUAUUUCCAUCUUGUGGCACCUCCUCUACUUAUUCCUGUUUUCUACAACUUUAACAUCAUGAAGACCAUGAUCACUCAUCGUGACUGGGUGGAUCUAGCUUGGGCCAUGACAUACUACGUCCGCUACUUCUACUGUUAUAUACCUCUCUACGGCCUGUGGGGCUCGUUGGGACUCAUGUUUUUUGUCAGGUUCUUAGAGAGUCACUGGUUUGUGUGGGUAACUCAGAUGAACCAUCUGCCGAUGGAGAUCGAGUACGAGAGGCAGCAGGACUGGCUGACCAUGCAGUUGCAGUCCACGUGCAACAUUGAGCAGUCCUUCUUCAACGACUGGUUCAGCGGACACCUCAACUUUCAAAUCGAGCACCAUUUGUUUCCCAGGAUGCCACGGCACAACUACCACCUGGUGGCUCGGCGGGUCAGAGAACUGUGCGAGAAACACAAGGUUCCUUACCAGGUGAAAACGCUGUGGAGAGGAAUGGUUGAUGUUGUCAGGUCACUGAAAACUUCAGGCGACCUUUGGCUCGAUGCGUAUCUCCACAAAUAAGAAACCGUUUGCAAACUAAGAGUUGUGUUUUAUUCCGUCCUCAUCAAAAACUAAACCGGCUGAUAACAAUGGACUCGUUUUUAACUUCUGUCGUUGUUAAAGUGGAAAAAAAAAAAGCCUUGAUCUUUAGGGUGCAAAGCAUUUUUGAAUGUCAGCUGUGAUGUAGUGACGUUUUAAGUGAUUUGAAUAAAAAUAAACGACUGUGAAUAAUUUAAAAUGUUUAAUCCUUUUCUGCCUUGUAAGCUGCACAGUAAGAUGUAUCAAACAGAUGUAAAGACUAAAUAAACCCUGAAUUAAAAUGUUAGCUUUUUUCUGUUAAACAUCAUUGCAGCUCUUCGUUUGUUCUUUAAGCGUGUU